AUGGCUGAAUACUCACCUUUAAGCACCUCUGAAGACCAGCCCACUCCUCAACUACAGAACAAGCGGGAAUUCAAAAUAAAUUAUUUAGCUAUUUUUUUUUUCCUCGCAAUCGGAAUUACUCUUUGGACCUCUAUACCUUCUUUAAUAUACUUAUUUAGCGGUAC